ACUGCGCCUGCGCCUACGACUCGGCUUCGCGGGCGCGGCGGGGCGCGGGCGUCGGGAACGCGCCUCCUCCGUCGCUCGCGCAGCCGCGGGGACUCAGUGGAAACCGAAGGCGAGCGAGGGAGGAACGCGGGAAGCAUGAAGAAAGGGACUUCCUGCGAGCGGAAGCCGGCGUGGAUGCAGUCGGGGAAGGCGGGUGCGGAAGGUGGCCUGGCAGGGUGGUCGGCCGGUCGACCCCGGGGAGCACCAAAUGGAUUUCUUAUGGAAAUAUGUGUAGAUUCAGUGGAGUCGGCCAUGAAUGCAGAAAGAGGAGGUGCUGGUCGGAUUGAAUUAUGUGCUAGCUUACUAGAGGGAGGAACCACACCCAGCAUGGGUAUUCUUCAAGUAGUAAAACAAAGUGUCCAAAUUCCAGUUUUUGUGAUGAUUCGACCACGGGGAGGUGACUUUUUAUAUUCAGAUCGUGAAGUUGAAGUGAUGAAGGCUGACAUUCGUCUUGCCAAGCUUUAUGGUGCUGAUGGUUUAGUAUUUGGAGCAUUGACUGAAGAUGGACACAUUGACAAAGAGCUGUGCAUGUCUCUUGUGGCUCUUUGCCGUCCUCUGCCAGUCACUUUUCACCGAGCCUUUGAUAUGGUUCAAGAUCCAAUGGCAGCUCUGGAGACUCUCUUAACCCUGGGAUUUGAACGUGUUUUGACCAGUGGAUGUGACAGUUCAGCACUAGAAGGACUACCUCUAAUAAAGCAGCUCACAGAUGAGGCAAAAGGCAGAAUUGUGGUGAUGCCAGGAGGUGGCAUAACAGAUAAAAAUUUACAAAGGAUCCUUGAGGGUUCAGGUGCUACAGAAUUCCACUGUUCUGCUCGGUCUUCUAGAGACUCAGGAAUGAAGUUUCGAAAUUCCUCUGUUGCAAUGGGAGCUUCACUUGCUCAUUCAGAAUAUUCUCUGAAGAUAACAGAUGUGACAAAAGUAAGGACUUUGUAUGCUAUUGCAAAGGAUAUCCUGGUUUAGUGAAACUUCUCUGAGAGACAUGGCGGUCACAGUGGGAAGGUAGAAGGAGAGCUUUCAAUUCUCCACAUGACCAUGGAGUAUGCUUCUAAGAAGAAAAAGAAAUUGUAACAGCAAUGCAAUCAUUUUCUUUGUCAGUCAUUGCUGUCAUCGUGGCUAAAUUUAUUCUGUGCUUCCACAGAGACUUAGUCAGUUUUCAGUGGAAUUAACUGAUAAACUGGUAAAGUUCAACUACAAGGUAUGAAAUCAGAAUUUGGUUUAGGGUCAGUUUAGUACCAUGUCUUUUGCCUUUUUUGUUUGUAAAAUAAAAAUUCUCAUUAUAUUGUAUUAUCGUCUUAUAUUUUUUCACUUAAUAUUAUUUCACUUAAGAUUGUUUUGCUUUUCUAUUUCUUUUAGUUUUUUUUCUAUCAUGUACUCAUUGGAUUUGUUGCUCAGGGCAAGAUGUAAAGGUUACAGUAAAAUGGUAUAACAUUUCCCAGA